CGAUUGAAACGCACCACACACACACACAAAAAACUUCGUUUUGAUCCUCUUGUUGCAUCCCCUCUCUCUCUCUCUUCUUCCAUUUUCGGUGGCCUACCGGGAAAAAAAUUAACUAAAGCAACCCACAUAAAUAUAAUUACAACCUUAAUUUCCCUAGUGGGUCUUUGCCUUUUGCCUUGUCUCCCUCCGGAGACAAAAAGAGAGUGACAAACAAACUUUUUGUCUGAAUUCUCUCUCUCUCCCUCUCGAUCCUUUUUUCAUUUUUUUUUUGUGUGCGAAAGGUCUCUGUUUCUCGCUAAAGAUGGCGUUGGAGGCUGUUGUUUACCAACAAGAUCCAUCCGGGUACGUCUCCUGCAAAGACUUCCUGUUCCACGACUUGUAUUUUCAAGAAGAACAGGAUGGAGACACCAAGAACAACAUAAAGCUGGGGCAAGGACAAGAGCAAGCCUUUUUCAGUAAUUACGACACUAACCGCUGUACUGAUGACAAUGAAAAUAGUAAGCCCCGAGCUACAGAGAAUCAUCAGUGUACCGACCUGAUUCCUUCCUUAGAAGGGUUUGGUCCGCUCGCCAUGGACCACCAGCCGCCGCCGCUUGCUGAUGUGGCGGGGGGGGGUUACCGGAAAAGGAGGCGGACAAGGAGCAGCAAGAACAAGGAAGAGAUCGAGAACCAGAGGAUGACUCACAUCGCCGUCGAGAGAAAUCGCCGGAAACAGAUGAAUGAGUACCUUGCCGUCCUCCGAUCUCUCAUGCCUCCGUCUUAUGCUCAAAGGGGGGAUCAAGCGUCAAUAAUAGGGGGAGCCAUAAACUACGUAAAAGAGCUCGAGCAUCUCUUGCAGUCAAUGGAGCCUCGGAGGAAGACUCGAAACGAUGACGUAGCAAUGGACGACAGAAACAACACCUCCUCCUCCUCUCCGCCUCCUUUCUCCGACUUCUUCACAUUCCCUCAGUACUCGUCACGGCCGUCGGUGGAGUCGCCGGCGGCGGAAGGGACGGCGGAGAUAGAGGUGACGAUGGUGGAGAGUCACGCCAACCUCAGGAUCCUCUCGAGGAAGCGACCCAGACAGCUCGUUAAGCUUGUCUCUUCAAUUCAGAGCCUUAGCCUUACUCUUCUUCAUCUCAACGUCACCUCUCUUGGUCAUUCCGUCCUCUACUCCAUCUCUGUCAAGGUUGAAGAAGGGAGCCAACUGAACACGGUGGAUGACAUCGCAGCAGCUGUGAAUCAGAUCCUAAGGAGGAUUGAAGAAGAGUCUGCCUUUAGAUAGUUUAAUUAAUUCAUUAAAUUUUCGCUAUGUUAAACCUUAAAUGUUGCAGUUAAAAUAAAUUGUAUCUCUUUUUUAUUAUAAAAAUAUUCUUCUUUCAUGUAA